UCAUACCCACCAGUCACAGAAAAUCGCUUUGGUUCUUAAAUAAUGUUUACCGCACUUGCAGGCCGUGCCUGUCCCACAUGAAAAACAUCGAAAUAGUUUGUAUGCAUUUGUACGUACGAGUAGACGGUACAMUAWAUUUGACAAUCUUUCUUUCUGAUCUCGGUCGUGCCAAAUAUUGAUCAUCUAUCAUCUGCCACCGAAGUGUAGGUCGCAAUGACACUGAGAAAUGGUUGCAGCCAUACACAACACAAUUUCCAUUGAUAUUAGACAUACUAACAGAACUGAAUCGAAUCGGCGCAGCAUUUCUGCACCAUGACGUCCCCCUUUCGAUUUAGUGUUUUGCGGGCACUGUUCUUUUCUUAUUCUUGCAUCAUUCAUCGUGCUAUUUCCUGCGAUGUGCAUUACCAACAGGCUCGUCAAGAACGAAGAGCCCUGGAUGGGUCGUUGUGGUCAGAUACGGAUUCAACGGAGGGACCGAUCAACCCACACCUUUUGUUUCAUGGGAAACUAAAAAACGAUCUCGGGCAACCCGUAGAGGGUGCCCAGGUACAAUUUUGGCACGCGGAUUACAACGGGAACUACCUCCACCCGGGAGAUGAUUUGGAUGGGAACGAAUACCUGAGAGACUCUUUUUCGUAUUUUGGCACGGCGUCCACCGAUAAUGYGGGGAGCUUUGAAUUCAAAACGUACCGGCCCGGAAUAUAUCUGUCGCGCCCGGUAACGCACAUUCACUUCAAGGUGUUCKACGAGGGGCGAGAACUAUUGACGUCCCAAUUCUACUUUUCAGACGAGGACGUGCAAAUGUUUUACGACGAAAUGCUGAUACUCACAAUGGAACAAACCAUCGACGACGACGGGAACGCCGUCAACCACGUCUCGAAGGACGUGGUCGUCAACAUGAACAUGGGAGGCUUCGAAAAACUCACCCCGUGGCAAAUGGAAGGUCCCUUUUAUCCCCUCGUCGACUUUUUCGAUGUCUCGAGCGACAUGACGCUAGGACUGAUGGAGACCUAUUACGAUCACAUCGCGGUGGACGCUUCUUCCAAGAACCCUACAAGCUUGGCCCAACGUAAGUGGAACAUCCCGUUCGUCCCGUCGUUGGUGAUCGCAAUAUUUCUUGCUCGAGAGAUGUUGUAGUCUCACCGUCCUCGAAGUUUCCACCAAUAAGCCGACACUCGUACCGUCACCGAGACCCACACGGAGACCAACGSCAAAGCCUUCUUCGGGACCUUCUCCGAGACCCGUGCCUGAUAUGGGGUUUGGGGGCCCGGAGUUUGACAACCUGGACGAGUUCCUUGCGUUUCUCGGGGAAGGCGAUCGCAAUGAUAUCGUCACAGGAGAGGGUAACUAURCUGUGAAUUUCGGCAAUGAUACCGAUGUUGAUGACAGCGAGCUCGCCAACGAGAUUCCGUUGGAAUUGGACGGGGAUGUUGGUGAGGACGAAGAAUCACCAGCUGCUCCCGGGAAUGCCACAACAGCUGCCAUCGACAACGGCAAUGGAGACGACGAAGGCACGGCGACAGUAGACAAAGAUUCGUCCACGGAAACCACGCUGGUGUCUUCSUUUGUYGAGACGGCUCUCUCCAAGAAGCUUCUGAGCAACAACCAUUGGGAUCCGGCGACACCCGGGGGCGAGGCGCGAUUUCUGCGGAGCAGGAAGUAGCAGCGCGACUCGUUCUGCAAUGUGAUGAAUUGGAUCRGACACGUCGCAGCYACAAUCCCGCGUGAUGUAGAGAAUCGAACAAGUUUCCAUUUCCACAAGAAUAGCUCACUAGUAGUAGAUGAAACAAGAUUUGUGCAUGGCUAGGAAUACUAACACUUGAAAAGUAGUAGGCACUGUUACUACCAGCGAAGAAUGAUAAGCUAUUGGUAUAUUGUUGUUCUUCAUACUAUUUGUAUUAGAAGUAGUAAUUGAACUAUUCCUAGUGUCUAACGAUCUCCUAACUCUCCUCAUUUCAAAAAUGGGGAUGACUAGAUAGCAGCGACUAGCCUGGGCCCUGACUCUUCGUACUACCGGUAGUUACGAUACCAAGCAACCUCUCGCAGACCAAAAGCAUUUUCUGUUUUUUUUGGCUCGGUGUCAUUUUUUUAGGUAGGAUGGGAAAGUAAUUUUUGUCUUGUUGUUCUUCAUCUUUCAGUGAAUACAAAACGACAAUACCGAUCGACCAAAGGAAAAAUUGAGAUUGUUUAAUAAUUUCUUCUGGACUCCUGUUGUUUUCUAACGAAAUUCGAAAAAAGUAUCAAGAUGGUUUUCGAAUUGGCAUGCACGCUGCGCUACGAACCAGAACAGAAGAUGAUACUUCUUACAGUAAUAUACUUAUGCUCGUACUAGUACGGGUUCUACCUGUGUUUUGCGUACGAAAUUAGGUGCUCCGUACGGUAGCCUACGGUAGUGCGAUGACAUCGCUGAUGACACCCCCGUCAAUACGAAAACAGAUAACCGGUACAACUUGCUUCGUCGACGACGGCUCGAGUCCUGUUUGUUUCUCUCCCUCGCUCCACCUUACUAGUACGGYAGCUACUAGCAAUACGAAUAACGAGUGAAACAUAGCCUGGAAGAUUUUUGAAUCUGGAACCUGUCUGUCGUUUCAGCUUGAAGUAUUUCCAUCAUCUUGGGUGGUACCAUUUCCUUUUUUCUUUCUAGUACAGUAGUAAAAAAAAGAACCGGAGGAGUCGAGUCACCCACCCGCUGGCAAUCCCCAAAUUGUAUCGUAUCUGAACUGGGGAUCAAUCGACAAACGCAACACAGCGCAACUUGAGSCAAAGCAUCGCAACGCAACGAAGGCCCGGAGCAUCUCCAGAACACCGAAGCAACAUCCAACACGCUGCCAUGAGGGACUUCAUAUCGAGAGUGUUAGAAGAGGUGGCCAAGGCAACGGCAACCCCAACGGAAUCGGACACGGCGGAAACGGGAGCCGGUGACGAAGGCUCCGAUUCCGCCGCCAUCGCCGAGGACGUUACCGGCUUGGAACGGUGGAUGGAUCUCGGCUUUGGCAUCGCCUUCCUCGUCACCGCCAUCUUUGCGGCGAAGCGAAUGUCGUGGACGCGCCAGCAAGGGGGAGCGGAGACGACCGUAGUCACCGCCUUUUAUUCCCUGAUCCUGGUGACGUCGAUCUUCCGAUCCACCUGGUUCCUGAUCCCCGCCACGGUGUGGACCCCCAGCUAUACGCCCGUAGCGAUCUUUGCYUGGGACACSGAGCACCCGGCCUGGGUGGGAGCCUUUUUGUCGGAGUUUGUCCUGACGGCGGGGUCCUUGUCGCUCUUUAGCAUCUUCAUCCUCAUUCUGGUCUACUGGGCCGACAUUCUCAAGAAGUACUUCCACCCCGCGUCCCGCCGUACCAUUCCRAUGGUCACCUUUCUCGGGCUGGUGUCGCUUCUGAUCGUGCUCGAGRUCAUCAACAUCGCCGCCUUUGGCUUCGGGCUCUACACGACCGAGGGGAUGAUUCUGUUCAACUCGAUCCUUCUCGCCACCGUUUCGAUCGUCUGCGUCGUCGAGAUUUCUAUUUUUUCGCACCGCUUCCGGACCGUCCUCAAGACGCUCGGUGCCAUCAACCAGGUCUCCACGGACAGCCAGGUCAAACGGAUCGUAUGGAUCACGGCAACGGGGAACCUCUUCUUCUUCACGCGCGCCUUCCUGGAGAGCGUMUUUUGCGGCUACCUGUACGUGUACUGGAAGAAGGACCACACGGUGGCCCGCUCCUUUUCCCACCCCUGGUGGGACACCUUUGUCGGAAUCAAGUUCGUCUCGGAGGUCAUCAUCCUGUCGCUCAUGCUCUACAUCCUGCAGUCGAGGUUUUCUUCGAGCGCGACCGGKGACGGUGGUSCUUCCGGCGAAACCAGCGGCAACGGCCGUCCAACGGGGUACGUGAGCGUUCCGAACACGGACGAGGCCGCUCCGGCCCCGGCGGCGAUAARCGUGUAGUGCAGAGCAAACAAGCGCACUGCUCGAACGUCUCUCGGUGAUUGGCGCCUGCGGGACGGACCGGAGGCUCUGUUCCGUUCCGYGCAGUGCGGUUGCAACACUAGCAGACGAUGGGCAAACUCGAAAACGGGACGUGUUGUUCGAAUUUAUUUGUAUGGUUUGGUUCACGCAAUCAAUGACGAACGAACCCACUGUGGAGUAGUAUUUUGUUACGAGUAUGAAAUGUUUGRCACAAAACAACCGACUACGAYUUUUAAAUAUUAAAAUAAAAAAGGAACA